AUGGCCAAAGCUGCGUUAGCGGAACACAGUACGACUGACCAGCAGAUCAUAUCCUUUAUUCAGCAAUACCCUGCCAUUGAAGAGUUGGAGAUCCAGAUGAUUCUGAGGGGUGCUGGUUGGACUACCCCGAUUGUUGCUUACCUUAAAAAUGAGACACUUCCCGAAGAUCGAGAUGAAUCUCGACAAUUGAAAGUUUGGGUAGCAUGCUUUAUGCUGAUAGCGGAUGGACUAGACAUCAUGGGACCCUUUCCAAUGGCAAUGCGACAACUCAAAUUCCUAGUUAUGGGGAUUAACUACUUCCCCAAUUGGGUAGAAGCAGAACCACUGGCAACCAUCACGGAGAAGAAUGUCCGUAGCUUCGGCUGGAAGAGCAUUAUCUGCAGAUUUGGGAUCCUUAGGGUCCUCGUCUCUGACAAUGGCAAACAGUUAGACAAUGAUGCAUUCAAAGACUUUUGCAAUCAAUUAAGGAUAAAAAACCACUACUUUUCAACUGCCAACCCACAAGCCAAUGGGCAAGUUGAGAUUACAAACCGAUCCUUAUUCAAAUUGAUCAAGACUCGAUUGGAGGGGGCAAAGGGGAUAUGGCCAGACAAGCUACCAAGCAUCUUAUGGGCAUAUAGAACAAUCGUCUAG